UUCCGCGUCGCGCGCUCGCGAAUGGGGAACUUUCCCAUCUACACCGACGUGCGCAACGGCGGCACCAAGGUGGUGACCAUCCUGCGCAAGUACUCUGGUGACGCGCACUCGCUUGCGCGCGCGCUGCAGGCGGUGACCGGCAAAGAGGUGACGCAAUACCACGGGCGGAUGGAGGUGCGCGGGAGGCACGCGAGCGCGAUGGCGGAGUGGCUG